AAUAUAGGUGCAAUUAUUCUUUCUCCAACACAUCUGAAUAAAUCAAUGUAUGAGCAAAAUCCGAUAAUACACAGUACCCUACGCAUUUGGAAACAGUUGAAAUCAAACCUCAAACUGAGAAAUUUCUCUCUCUUACCAAUCGCUAAUAAUCCCUCGUUUAAACUGUCUACUUUAGAUAAGGCGUUUGCACAAUGGAAAAACUCAGGAAUUAAAACGGUGGGAGAUCUUUACGAGAAGGGGAUUUUCCUCUCGUUUCAAGAAUUACAGGAGAAAUAUCACUUGAAAGCAAGUAAUUUUUUCAGAUAUCUUCAAAUCCAAGACUGUGAAAACAUACACAAGACUGUCACUCUGUGGGUCCAGAUAUACUAGAUGACUGCAUGAAUAGACGUGUUGAUACAAGCAAGUUAAUAUCCUACAUUUACAAUAGGAUUGGAUUGGAUUCCUUUAUUGUCAUUCAGACCGUUCGGUCUGAGCGAAAUUUCGUUGCCUGCAGUCAUACAUAUAAUAAUAAAUAACAAAACACAAAUUAACAUACUACAGUGAGUUCACCAGGUACCUCCUCACUGUGAUGGAGGCAAAAGUCUUAAAGUCUCUGUCUCUUCCCUCCUUGUUCUCCCUCUGUGCUGAGGCGAUCCAGGCUUCCGUUGUUGUGACCCCGCCGGAUGAUGGUAAGUAAGUCCCGUGGCUCAACCGAGCUCCCCAAACGGGCCGGUUCAAGCUCCGUGCCCGGGGUGGUCGAUGCUGCCGCCCUCCAGUCCAGCGGACGCAGCUGUAGUUGCGGGAGCUCUGGAAAAACAGGUCACCAACCUGUGACCAGCGAGCUCCUGACGAUGUUGCCCACUGGCCCACGGCCGAGCCCCAAAUUCAGGUCGCCACCGCCUCAGCCCCAAAGCUGGGCCAAUGCCGCCGAAGCCCCGAAGCCGGGCCACCACCACCGGAACGCCGCCUCAGCCCCGAAGCCGGGCCACCACUACCGGAACGCCGCCUCAGCCCUGAAGCCGUGCCGCCGGAACGCCGCCGCAGCUCCGAAUUCAGCCAGCCUCGCGUUGGUAAGUCCUGGCUGGCUCUGCCUCCGGAGCCUCGAGGUCGGUCGCAGUUGGAGGCCACCAGCUCCGCCUUUAGACCUCAGCGCAGAUGGAGGCAGAGAAGGGGGAUACGACAAGAAGAGUCGCAUUCCCCCGAAGGAAGAGACAAAAAAACAUGUUUCACCCCCCCCCCCCCCCCACACACACAUAUACACAACCUAAUAAACUAAAACAAGACAAAAGAAAACAACAAAAAAAAAAAAAACAGACGGACUGCAGGCGAGCCGCAGCUGGCAACAGCGCCGCCACUUCCAACACAGUCUUUUAACUGCCUUCAUCCCAUCUUCUGAGAGGCAUAGGCGAGCAUGGGAAGACGAAUUGAGGUUAUUCAUUUCAAAAGAUAGCUGGGAGGAAAGCCUACAAUACAUACACUACUGCUCUCUUAAUGUUCGGCACUCCCUGAUACAAUUUAAAAUACUGCAUAGACUACUAUUCAAAGACCAAAUUAAACACGAUCUUCCCAAAUCUCUCUUAUUUGUGAUAAAUGUCUCCUCCAAGGAACGACUAUAACCUUCACCUCCUGUAUAAAGUUACAAAACUUCUGGAGGGGAAUAUUUGAUAUCUUCUCCAUAUAAGACUGAUCACUUCAGAUAUGUCAGAUGCAUACUCUAAAUUAACGAUAUUCCAAAGAUGUUUCCUCAACUACACCCUAAUAACAGUGAAAAAAUUAAUAAUCAAAUUCUGGAAACAGAUUAUAGUCCCUAUAGUGAAGAUGUGGAUUACAGAUAUGUCCAAUUCACUACAUUCGGAAAAUAUUAGGCUUGUCUUGGCGGAAAAAGCAGAUCAAUUUCUUGAGACAUCGUCCCCUUUUACUGAAUUUCUGAACAGAAUGGUUAAACACAAAUUUAAACUCGAUGCCAGGGAUGGGUGAGGUGGGGCGGGUGGGGGGAGGUAAAUCUCCAUCUUCUCUUGUUUCUUCUCUUGCACUUCUUUGGUAGCUUAGGGUCUUUUUCUCACUUUUUCUUAUUUUACUUCUCUUUCUUCAUUCUUUUCUUUUUUCUCUUUUUCUUUUGAUUUAGCUUCUAACGUUAAAAAUGAAGCUGUACAAUAAUUGUAUAACUUAUGUCGAUCGCCUUAUCCUUGUACAAUCGCUUCUAAUAAAAUAAAUUAAAAAAAAAAAAAAAAAAAGUAUUCUGGAAAUGCACAGAUUAGUGCUUAUGAAGAGAGAAACUGAGUUACUGGUCUGGUGAAAAGUCAUCAACUUUUCUCCAAAAAGAAAACUUUUAUUGUAAAUUGUGGAGGAAACAUGUGAUGCAUCAUGUUAAAUUUAACUUCCUGAAAAUAAGUACAUUUUUACGCAAGCACUUUAGCUGCACAGUGCAGAACAGGUGCCAGGUUUAUCUUUGAGAUUAGACCCAAAUUGACAAACCUAAACCAAAAAAACUGCAGGUGCUGAAUGUAUGAACAGGAAAUGUGGAUGUCAGGACUGUCUUAUGAAGAAAGACUGGAUAGACUUGGUUUAUACUCUCUAGAAUUUAGGAGAUUGAGAAGGGAUCUUAUAGAAACGUACAAAAUUCUUAAGGGGCUGGACAGGCUAGAUGCAGGAAGAUUGUUCCCGAUGUUGGGGACGUCCAGGACAAGGGGUCACAGCUUAAGGAUAAGGGGGAAAUCCUUUAAAACCGAGAUGAGGAGAACUUUUUCACACAGAGAGUGGUGAAUCUCUGGAACUCUCUGCCACAGAGGGUAGUUGAGGCCAGUUCAUUGGCUAUAUUUAAGAGGGAGUUAGAUGUGGCCCUUGUGGCCAAGGGGAUCAGAGGGUAUGGAGAGAAGGCAGGUACGGGAUACUGAGUUGGAUGAUCAGCCAUGAUCAUAUUAAAUGGCGGUGCAGGCUCGAAGGGCCGAAUGGCCUACUCCUGCACCUAAUUUCUAUGUUUCUAUGUUUCUAUGAAAUGAGUGGAAUGAGCUUCCAGUGAAGGUGGUGGAGGCAGGUUCGUUUUUAUCAUUUAAAAAUUAAUUGGAUAGUUAUAUGGAUGUGAAGGGAAUGGAGGGUUAUGGUCUGAGCGCAGGUAUAUGGGACUAGGGGAGAUUAUGUGUUCGGCACGGACUAGAAGGGUCGAGAUGGCCUGUUUCCGUGCUGUAAUUGUUAUAUGGUUAUAUGGUUAAAUGUUCUAUACUCAACACGUCAGGCAGUAUCAGUGGUAAACAAAACAUUUAAUAUUUACAGUUAAAACACCUUAUCAGAACAAUGUGGCUUUUUAUGAAUUACUAUUAUCCAUAAUUUGAGGACUGAUUAUAAAAAAUGAGGACAUUUGCUUUUCAGUUCUGCAUGGAAAGCUCUGAAUUCAAAUACAAUACAUUGAUAAUAAUCUAAUGUUUUGAACCCAGGGUCCAUCACUUCUGUGUACCAUUUUAUAAAUUUCGAAUGACUGGAUGUUUUAUCUUAGGAAUUAAUGUCCCACUCAGUCUAGUUAACUAUAAAAUGAACAGUGCAUACAACUCUCAAAUAUCCACUUUAACACGUGUGUAACUCUGAGCGGUCUGUUUCCAACAGUGGGGAAAUCCGUUUAAUUUAUAUCCUCAUUAUUGACAAGAAAAGGAGUCUGGAUUGUGACAGAACUAAUCACUGCACAAUUGAAUUGAAUGCACAAAGACCAAAAAGCUGUUGCAACACAAGGUAUUUAUUUCCCCACCUUGCUGCAACCUCCCCACAGUCUGGCCAUGUCCUCUGUUAUGCAGUCCUUAGCUUUUGUAAGUAGUCUGGAUUUGAUCAUAAUCAGGAAGACUGUAAUGACACAGCUGCAGACUUGUGUUAAUUUAUAGUGUCACUUUGUGCUCCUUGAUGAGAUGUGAACAUCAUCACACAGCACCCAUUAAUUUAUGUAGGAUGAAAGAUUUAAUAAACAACACAGGUAGGUAUUGUCAAUCAUGUUGCCCAACUUAUACCUUUUCCAACAUCCUUCCCUCUGCUCCUCACCCUGGUUUCUUUUUGGCUUUUAAAAAAAAGCUUUUUCUGUGGUUUACCUAGUUAUUGCAAAUUUUUAUAAUUCAUUUAAGUAAAAUAGGGUGGAGAAAAUGUGAUAAUAAUAGGCUUUCAAAUUGAGCAUGAAGCGAGUGUUUCUUACUUCAUUUUAAGCAAUAUGCUAUCUUGAAUAGGCAAUAGCUGAAUCAGUAGAUAGGCCAGCUGAAAAUUGAUGACAGGUUAGAGAUAUUUAAAAAUGACCCGAACAGAAUGUUUGCAUUGGAGAACUCAAGAAUUUCUCACAUGGGCCUUGGAAAUUGCAGGGACAGUUAAAACGUGCAUGGAAGCUGCCUGCCACAAGAGAAUGAGACUGUUUGGCUUGGGAAGAACAUUUAAAAAUACUCUACUGUGCUAAAUUAUGAAUAAAGACAUUUGAAUUAUCAGAGAGCCAUUGUGUUGGUUGAAUUUGGUAUGUGGAUCAAACGAAUGGCUGAUUGGAAUGCGCAGAUUUUCUUCAUGUCUUGGAAAAACCGUGCACUGUGGCUGGUUAUUUAUUUUCUAAUUUCUCAGCAUUUACUUGACGUUUAUUGUCAAGAAUAUUCAGGCUCUGUUUCUGGAGAUGGUGGCCCACAUGCCUUGGAAGGGUCUGCUGCUAAAGAUUUGUACAGACAGUCGUCAGAGAGAAGAGGAUCGGGAAGUACUUCCACCGAGGAUGAAAUGUCUGGUGAUCUGCACAUGGCCACAACCAACAUUUCCAAUAUCAUUAACACCUCACUCAGACUGUUUCCUGAAAUUUCAGUUCCUGACCCAUCUGCCAUAACGUCUGGAGGUCCAGACCAAGAAGGAAGUGGCUCCCCCAUGGGAGGUGUGCAAAUGAUGACAGGUGGAGUUAUUAACAUGUUGGAAGCAUUAAGGGUAACAACCACAGCUGGAGUCCACGUAGUGGAAGGACCACAAACUGGCUUAAUGGCCUAUCGUUUGCAGCCGGGAGUGCAGUUUAGGAGAGAAACUAGACUUGUGCACCGAUUUGGAUUCCCUGAAGAGUUCUCCAUAGUCACAACUUUUAGAAUGAGAGAAAACACUCCCAGGAUAGUGUGGAAUCUGUGGGAGAUAACGGAUAGAUAUGGCACUGAACAGUUCCGACUUCGUCUGUACGGUGAGACCAAUGCUGUUGAAGUCUACAUCGUAACAGCAGUGGGAGAAGAGAUCACCACCUUUGAGAAUGUAGGCCAGCUGUUUAACCAGGCCUGGCACAAGCUCUCAUUUGGGGCCACAAGGACCCAGUUGACUUUAUUUGUUGAUUGCCAGCAGGUUGGCACGGCUCCCAUUCAACUGUACGGCACCAUUGCCAUGGAUGGAGUUACUGCUAUUGUUAAAGAAGCGAAGAGUGAUGCAACACUUCCUGUGGAUGUGCAACAGUUCAAAAUCUACAGCAAUGCCAGCAAGGCAGCUGAUGUAACCUGCUGUGAGCUACCUGGUGCCUGCGGAAGAUCUGGGAUAGAAGGCACGAUGGAAUGUGACUGUGUAUCUUCAGUGGUUGAUUUCUUGGGAUUCUUUGGGCCAGAGGUUUACCCAGGUGAUAAAGGCAAUCGUGGAUUUCCUGGAACUCGGGGAAGGAAGGGCUAUCAAGGGUUUAAGGGUGCCCAAGGAAGGAGAGGUGAUCCAGGACUAAGGGGAGAAGAGGGUGAAGAAGGUUCUCAUGGAGAUCCAGGUUACUCAGGCGCUAUGGGUCUUCCUGGACUUCGCGGAGAACCAGGUGCUCUGGGAGAACGAGGGCAAAAGGGCGCUGUCGGAUAUAUGGGCCCACGAGGGGGGCCAGGAGACAAGGGUGAGAUUGGUGAAAUAGGAGGAUCGGGUGAAGAAGGCAGUGGAGGUUCUUCUGGCGAAACGGGCUCUCCAGGUGACCCAGGUCUACUAGGAGCGCAAGGCAUUCCAGGAUUAAAGGGAUUCUCUGGAGAUCCAGGAUUCUCAGGAGAUGUGGGUGAUCCCGGAUAUGUGGGAUAUCCAGGAUCAAUAGGGGAGAAUGGGAUUUGGGGCAUUGAGGGUUCAUCUGGAUUUGCUGGAAUCCCUGGUACUGAUGGUUUUCCAGGUGGUGAUGGCCCUCAAGGAAUCCCAGGAAUACAAGGUGAAAGUGGACAAAUGGGACCAAAGGGAGAAAGAGGAGAUCCAGGAUCCAGAGGACCACAAGGCCCACGUGGCAUUCCAGGGCCAAAAGGUGAUCCAGGAGAUCCUGGAAUACCUGGGAAACCAGGAUUCCAGGGGGUGAACGGCUUCCCUGGUCAACCAGGUGAAAUGGGCCCUGUUGGCCAGAAGGGUGAGCCGGGAGAAGUUGGAACUAAAGGAAAAUCUGGACCCAAGGGUGGCCCAGGCGAUAAAGGUGACAAAGGACAGCCUGGUGUACGUGGUCCACCAGGACCUGUUGGAAGUCCAGGAAGUGGAGGUGUACCUGGAAUACCUGGCCCCCCGGGAUUCCCAGGACCCAUCGGAGUGACCGGUCAACGUGGUCCAAGAGGGGAACCGGGACCUCUAGGAAUACAUGGACCAGAAAUGCCUGGUGACCAACUGUAUGAGUUGUGUGAACAAGUUGUGAAUGAGCAAAUAGCCACAUAUGCAUCUGCAAUCCAGAGAGUUUGUACAAGGGCCUGCCCAAUCAACCAUGCAACAUUGAUAGGGCCCCCAGGACCUCCUGGCUUACCAGGAGAACGAGGAGAGCAAGGUGAUUCUGGUACACUAGGAUUGGUUGGUGAACUUGGACCAGGAGGUAGAACAGGAUUGCCUGGACCUAUAGGUGCUCCAGGAGAGAAAGGAGAUAAAGGUGAAAAAGGACCCGUUGGAGCCCAAGGGGUUGGACUUCCUGGAGCAGAUGGAACACAAGGACCAAGAGGAUAUCCUGGGUGUCCAGGAGCUGCUGAAGACGGGGAACCAGGCCCACGAGGACCAGUUGGAUACACUGGGCGUUCAGGCGCACCAGGAUUGCCAGGAUUUCCAGGAAUUCGUGGAAUUUGUGCACCUGGAAACUGUGACAUUUAUGUUGCUGCUCUGCAGACUCAACAACAGAAACAUGAAAGGUUCAAAACAUUAAGUGUUCCGCCACAGGCAAAUGCUAAAGUUUGAACUGUAUAACCUAAGAGAGCAGGAAAUUAUCAUUGUUUUGUAUACGGAUGCAUGCAGUAAUAUAUUUUAUAACUUCUGAAUAAAACAAAUAUUAUGCAAGGUGAUAAUAUAGCUGUUUUAAAAGAGACAAACGUGUAGCUCAGUGUUUAAAGGCCCUGUCCCACUUUCCCCAGUUAUUCACGAACUCUCCCGAGUUUUCCCCUUGAUUCGAACUCGGAGAAUUACGGUAAUAGCCAUGUGUAGGUACUCAGGGCUAUUCUUUUAACUCGUGGACAUUUAUCAACAUGUUGAAAAAACGUCCCGCCUUACCUGAUGUCCCGAAUUCCUACGGUUGGCAUUAUGAGCCACGACGAAACAUCUACGGACUCGC